CCCGACACAACCGGUGGCCGCAAAAUUUCCGUCGAGCAAAUAGCGUGUGUGUGACGGACCCUCCAAAUUCCAAGAUCUGCGCCACGGUGCUGACGGCCUCUGCUGCACCGCAGCGAAGCAUCCAGUUGUUGGCUCCCAUCACUGCACUCUACCACCCCGCUGAGAGUGCCUUCGUGGGGCAAUAAAAUCGUAUAUUUUUUGUUAUUUUAAAAAUUUUGUUUUGUGUUUAUAUUUCACUGCUGGUUUUGGUGCUUCGUUCGAAAGACGUUUCGCACGAUGGAGUUUUUCAGAAAAGGAAGCAUCAUCAACAUCAUGCGUAGCGAUGGUCGCGUACACACGGCGAUGGUGUCGCGGUUCCACGAGGCCACCCGCUCGGUGACCGUCGAGUGGUACGAGCGGGGCGAAUCGAAGGGCAAGGAGAUCGAGCUGGACACGCUGCUCGAGCUGAACAAGGUGGACAUACCGCCGGCCACACCGCGAGAGUCCCAGGCGGGGGACGAGGAUUCCGCCCAGGCUCCCGCCAGUUUGUCACGUAACGCAACCCACGCGGCGAUCCGCUUCAACAACCUGAUGGCGAAACGUGCCGAGGCGACGAAAGUUGGCCAGCCGAUGGCACCGCUCACGUCGGCCCUGAACCGGAUGAACAACGCAACGACCGCCGGCAGCCAGCAGCCCAAGCCAGUCAAGGCGGACCCACCACCGCAAACCACCGGAACGCGCAUCGCCAACAAUGCUCGGAACACCAUUGUCAACCCGCAGUUCGCACGGAGCUCGUUGCCAGGCAAGCGGGAAACGGCGGAGCAACCUGCCGAAACCAAAACACAGACAAAGCAACAGAGUAACGCGCGGAAUAUGCCGAUGCCGCCGAAGGUCCAUGUGAACGGUGCUGGCACCAACCCACCAGCCGAUGGCACGAACGCGAACAAUGCGGCCGUCGCCGGCUCGGUGUCGCGCCGGUCCUCGUGCGUAGUUACGGUCGGUAUGAUGGAGGAGAACCGGAAGCAACAGCGUGAUAUGUUCAAGGUGAUGCGCGAGAAAAAGAACGCACUGAUGAACCAGGACGGCGGCAACCCGAACUGGGAGUUCGCCAACAUGAUCCGCGAGUACCAGAACACGAUCGAUUUCCGGCCGCUGAUGGACGGGCAGCCAGUCGAGAACCAUCAGAUCACGGUGUGCGUGAGGAAGCGGCCGCUCAGUCAGAAGGAGCUGAUGCGCAAGGAAAUCGACGUAAUUUGCGUGCCGAAUAAGAACACGCUGAUCGUGCACGAACCGAAGACCAAGGUGGACCUGACGAAGUAUCUGGACAAUCAGAAGUUCCGGUUCGACUACACAUUCGAUGACACGUGCACGAACGAAACGGUCUAUACAUACACCGCCAAACCGCUUGUGCAGUCGGUAUUCGACGGUGCCAUGGCAACCUGCUUCGCGUACGGUCAGACCGGAUCUGGCAAGACGCACACCAUGGGCGGCAACUUCCAGGGACGCACGCAGGACAGCAAGAGCGGUAUAUACGCGCUCGCCGCCCGGGAUAUCUUCGAUUAUCUGCACAGUGCGAAGUAUAGCGUGAAGGACCUCGUGGUGUCAGCCAGCUUCUGCGAGAUUUACAGUGGCAAGGUCUUUGAUUUACUGGCUAACAAGCGUAAGCUUCGCGUGCUCGAAGACGGCAAGAAGGUGGUCCAGCUUGUCGGGCUGACGGAGAAGGAGGUCGACUCGGUCGAGGAGGUGCUGGCGAUCAUCAGCGGCGGUACGAGUGUGCGUACCUCCGGCCAAACGGCGGCCAACGCGAACUCGUCCCGAUCACACGCCAUUUUUUCGCUCACGCUGCGGCCGCGCGGCUCCAACAAGAUCCACGGUAAAUUCUCUUUCAUCGAUCUGGCGGGUAACGAGCGUGGAGCGGACACCUCAUCCGAGGACCGGCGCACGCGCAUGGAGAGCUCCGAGAUCAACAAGUCGCUGCUGACACUCAAGGAGUGCAUCCGGGCGCUCGGGCGCCAGAACUAUUUGCCGUUCCGCGGCAGCAUCCUCACGCAGGUGCUGCGCGACUCGUUCGUCGGCGAGAACAUCAAGACGUGCAUGAUAGCGAUGAUCGCACCGGGAAUGACGUCAUGCGAACACACACUUAACACCCUCCGAUACGCGCACCGCGCGAAGGAACUCGCCGUCAUCGACCCGUCCGAGCGCACCGACGAACCGAUGGAAAGCGACGAGCCACCGAACGGCACCGGUACGCUGGAAAUUGGCAACGGUCACCUGCAGCUCAGAACGCUCAACGAACACGAAAUGUCCAUGGAGAUGGCCAUAUCCGACCUACAGCAGAAGGAGGAAGAGGUGCUUGAUAACCACCAGCGGGUGAAUGAAUUCCUCGAAAAGUUUGUUCCCGAAUCAAAGGAUUUGUACAACAUGACGCUUACCGUUGAUUACGACCAGGAUGCAUACUGCAAACGAGGAGAGGAACUGUUCAACCAGCUGUCCGAAGUGGCAAAGUCCAUCAAGGACCUAAUAUCGGAACUGCGAACCAAGCUCGCGCAGGAGGAGAUGGUCUCGAAGACGAGCAAAACAAAAUGAGGCGCGUCCAGUACACUCGAGCUAACACCAGCGAACAAAAUUCUGCACCCCGUUAUGCCCUGACGAGCAGUUACUAACCACGCACGGGUUUCCGGGUUUUUCUCCUGUUUCCUCCCAUCCCUUAAUUUUAAGUGAAACUGCAGCGCAUUUUUUAACUUGUUUCGUAUACUAUCAUGGAUUUUGAACAUUUUUUUUGUAUUGUUGUAGUUGUAUUGUUUGUAUCCUGGGUUUUUCGUGAAACCGAGGGCUCUGUCACCCUUUUUUGUUAAUGUAUAACGUAUAUAAUGUAUAAAUGUUAAUGUAUGUUUUUCCUUCGGAGUCAAUGUUAUCUCCUAAUAAUGACAUGAAGCGACACAGGAGUAAGCAGGCAACAAAGCGAAAUAGUAUUCCACAAAAGUAUUCCCCAACAUACUGCAGUGCGACAGAAAAAAACGGAGAGCACAGUCGGGAAGCCUAACUACUGCAGUUUUCUUGAUAAGGCGCUGGCGCACUUAGCUAAGGCAGUUUCCUUGCUGAAACUGUGAACUGAGUUACGAUCUUAUCCUGAUCUUUAAGAGCCGAAAUGAGGCAGUCGAAUAUUGCCUUAUUAAAUUAGUCGCUUGGGUAUUCAGGCUAGAUAGUGUUUGUAUUACUUUCAGUUUUUGUUUAUGUUUUCCACACUUACGUGCUCAUUGUAGUCCACAAUAACGUGUUGCUUGGACAUGCUAGUCGAUGAACCUACAAGCGACUCAUGCUUCAGGGUGGUAAGGACGAUGGUAAGCCAUUGUAUGUUGAUUUGCUUUAUAUGGCUAUCGUUUGCGGGGGUCCGCGACAACCGAGCGGUAGUGCCGGUUAGAAAAUCGGUCCAUGAGACCGGACCCUCCCCUGUACGAGAGGACUGACUAUCCACGUACAACAGGGAAACAAGUCUCGUAAGCCCUUAACGGGCAGGCAUGACCAAAAGGUCGUUACGCCAAGAAGAAGAAGUAGGUUAUCGUUUGCAGUUUUUUCAGUAUCUUAAAUCACAUUAUGAUUGUGCUCCCAUGCUGAUUCGGUCGAUUUUUUUUGUGCUACGCUUUGCAUUUGCCAAACGCACAGCCCGGGACAAUUUUUGUUUUGUUUUGGCUCUCUACCUAUUUUCAACCGUUCACCCGAUAUUGGAAUCCUCUACUACGUACCUUCUCGUACAUCCCAACUCAUUCCGGUCCAAUUUAUGGGACGAUGUAAGCAGAAAUAAACUUAAACACACAUCAUUCUAUGGUGAUAGGUUAUGUAGGAACGAGAUGUAUCUAGGGUCAGAGAAAGAUGUGUAACAGACUCCUCGACGACAAGGGGUGACAGCCGUUGGGAAAGAAGAAGCAGAAAUACGCGCAGUGAACGAAGAAUGUUUUUACAGUUAGACGCAGUUCUCAUUGUUCGACUAGGGAAACGAGUAGUCAGCCGAGUAGUGGACGACGGCACACAAUGAACCACGACAGGCCAGGAUAGAAGAUUUGAACAAAACCCAAAGUGAAAAGUACUAGAAUGGAUUGUUGUAUUAUUAUCAUUACUAUUAUGAAAAAUGUACUAUUAUUAUAUUGGCAACUAAUUGCUAUACUGAAAAUGCGCAAAACUACGUGAUAUAAGCCAGAGCAUUAGGCGGAACAAAAAAACAGACAAACCUAAAACAUAACACUCGAAGGGGGUCCUCUUCCCGAAGUGGCGGAAAA